UCAACCCACCCGCACACUUUGGUAGACACCCAACUGGGUGGUGAGCGAUGACGGAGUUCAAGCGAACAGCUGAAGAUCUGGCGAGUCUUGAGGAGUUGCUGGGUUCUCUAGGGAGCGAUUCUUCCACUCCGGCACCCGAGAAGUUAGCGACCUUCUCCACAGCGAAGGGGCGACUGGAAGACGAAUUGUCCAAGAAGGUGUCCAAGUUCGAAAGGCGCUUGAACGAGACAGACCCGGUUUCGGGCGCGCCGCGGUACGGAGAGAGCAUGACCGCCAAGGUUGUUGCUCUCGGCGCCAAGCAUCAGGCUCUUCUCGAGCGGCUGCCACAGCUGGAAGCCGAGAUCACAGCCGCCGUUUCGCAACACGAGUCGCGUGAAGCCGUCAGUGCGGAGGAGGCGCGGAAGCGAGAGGUGGAAAGGCAGCAGCAGGAGGACGCGCGUGAACGGGUCCGACUAGCAGAGGCAGAGGAGGAACGGCGAAGAGCUGUUGCGACACAGAGCAUCCUCGACCGAGAAAGGGAGCGCCUGGCGACCGAGGCGGCUCAGAGUCGAGAAGAGCGCCAACGUGCCGCCGAGCAGGAGGAAGCCAGGCUAGCGGAAGAUAAGCAAACGCGAGAGCGCGAGGCCCAAGAGCUAGCAAGCUCGGUGGCGGUCGGGGCAGCGGGGGUGGAGGAUGGAUUACGGCGCAUCGACGACGCCUGCGGAGGAAAGCCCGCGGAAAAGAAAGCGGCAGUUCAGGCGUUGCAGCAGAUACUGCGCAACGUCGCCUCCAACCCGGAAGACCCGCGGUUUCGCCGCAUCAAGCGCGACAACGAAAAUUUUCAGCGGGCCUUGGGUCGCUUCGAAGGAGGUAUUCAGAUCCUUCUGUCUUCUGGCUUCAGGAUGCAGGUGGAGGAAGGUCAAACUGUUCUGGUUAUGAACGAGCCAGACCUGUCGGAGGACAUGGACGGUUGGACCGAGUGGUACAAGCACAUCACGGAGGCGGUGGAAAGACUCAAAAUGGAGCUGGACGAGCGAUUCUAG